AUAACUUAAAAACCAUGCUCUCAGGAAGAAAAUCUGUAUAUUUUCCUAUCAUCUUCUGCCAUGUACACACAUGCCAUGUACAAGUAGCAAAUCUCAUCAUUAAGAAUCCUCAAGAUCCCAUCUCAGUGGUAGUGCUUCUAUACCUUCUCCCAAAAACCCAUUUCAGUCAUGGCAUUCUCUGUAACAAUUUCUUGCUACGACAAUUUACUUCUGAAAAAAUCCAUCAAUGGCCUAUACACCCAACCUAGAGCCUCAUUAGACCACAUCAAGUUCUUUCACAUGAAAACUCAAGCAACCUAUGCUGCAAACCCAUCUUUCGAGCAAUCGUUUAGAGCCCAUGAAGAAAACAACAAGCCACAAAAGGUCCCUUUACCGCCAUUCGGAUUUAAGGAGUACAUGAUCCAGAAGGGAAAUCGAGUGAACAAAGCACUAGAUGAGGCAGUGCCCUUGCAACAUCCCAGAAAAAUCCAUGAAGCCAUGAGAUAUUCUCUCCUUGCAGGUGGAAAGCGUGUACGUCCAAUUUUAUGCAUUGCUUCGUGUGAAUUAGUGGGAGGAGAUGAGGAAUUAGCAAUGCCAACGGCUUGUGCACUGGAGAUGAUACACACCAUGUCGCUAAUCCAUGAUGAUCUUCCUUGUAUGGACAAUGAUGAUCUUAGACGAGGUAUGCCCACAAGCCAUAAAGUUUUUGGUGAAGAUACAGCAGUUCUUGCUGGUGAUGCACUCCUAGCACUUGCCUUUGAGCACGUAGCUAGAAAUACCAAGAAUGUCUCGUCGGACCGCGUGGUCCAAGCCCUUGCUGAGCUUGGAUCUGCUGUUGGAUCAAAAGGUCUUGUGGCAGGUCAAGUUGUGGACAUUGAAAGUGAAGGUAAAGAAGUGAGUUUGAGCACACUGGAGUACAUUCAUGUCCAUAAAACAGCAAAGCUUUUAGAGGCAGCAGUUGUUUGUGGGGCAAUAAUGGGAGGGGCAGAUGCUACAAGCGUUGAAAGACUUGGAAAGUAUGCUAGAUCUAUCGGAUUGUUGUUUCAGGUGGUGGAUGAUAUACUGGACAUGACCAAGUCCUCCGAGGAGCUAGGAAAGACCGCCGGCAAGGAUUUGACCAGUGACAAGGCUACAUACCCUAAGCUGAUCGGCAUGGAUGAGGCCAAGAAAUUUGCUGCCCAGUUGACUGAUCAAGCUAAUCAAGAACUUGGUUUCUAUGAUCCUGUUAAGGCUGCCCCAUUGUACCAUUUGGCUAGCUAUAUUGCUAGUCGACAAAAUUAACUGGGUUCAUAAUUAUGCAUGUUCAGGACUUCACCUUGU